GCGAGGUCUGAAAAAGUUUUUCGUGUGACGCAAAAAAGUUUCGACGAUUGUAAAAAUGCGAUAUUUAACCGUACUGGUCUCAUGGCUGACGAUAUUCGUUGCGCCUCAGCAGGUCCGUUCCGACGCAACGAGAGCAGACGUCGCGACGUCGUUCAGCGACCUGGAUCGGAUCACUCUUCGACUUUACCUCAACAACAAAAUCACCGACUACGUCACGGUGCUGAUCGGCGACGCCCUCGAUCUUCUCGGCAGGAUGAAUCCGCGGCGAAAAACGAUUUUGUACUUUCACGGCUGGACGGAGAGUCCGGACUCCUUGAGCGCUGUCACCGUAUCGAGCGGUAAACGCACACAUGCGACGUUAAAAUUGCCUCACUGUAGACGCGGUCACAACGUGAUAGCCGUGAAUUGGAACGUGAUAUCGGCCAGGGAUUACGCGACCGCUGCCUACAGCGUCGUAGAGGUCGGCAAGACCGUGGCUAAGGCGUUCAACGAAAUGGUAGCAUCCGGUUUGAACGCGAGUCUUCUUCACGUGGUGAGUCACUCGAUGGGCAGUCAAGUCGCGGGUGCUUUCGGGAGACACUCCGAUUACGGAGUACGAAGAAUUACAGGUCUGGACCCGGCCGGACCGGGUUUUCACGCCUUGAUACCGGAUCUGUCUUACAAGGACGCCGAAUUCGUCGACAUUAUUCACACGGACGGCGGAAUCUACGGGAACGAGCGCAGGACGGGGACCGUCGAUUUUUGGCCCAACGGAGGGACCCGCUUCCAGCCGGGCUGCCCCUCCAUCUACGUGCCCCUGACGAACGAAGACUUCUGCAACCACUACAGAUCGUGGUACUUCUAUUCGGAGUCCGUGCUGAACGAGACGGCUUUCCUGGCGGUGGAAUGCCCUUCGAAAAAAGACUUCGAAUCGGGUCUCUGCGACGGAAACGCGGUGACUUUGAUGGGCCACGGGACGCCCGCGACGAUCGCUGGCAACUUCCAUCUUCAGACGAACGGCGAUUCGCCGUUUGGAAAAGGUUACGCGGGUACGAAGUUCGUCUCGUCGGGUUCGACUCCCGUUCAUCAGACGGUUGGAGAAGGCGUCUGGAGCGUUGGCUCGACGAUUUUCUAUCGCGGAUCUUGACUUUGCGGGGUAAACACGUUGUAACGCGAUUUACUUCGUAAAAAUUAUUUUACAUCAACGUAGACGAGAUACCGAGAAAAAGUUCACCGUGUCUCUCCUUAAAGACUCUGGAUAUUGUUUUAAUUAAUUGAAGGGCUCGAAACCUCUCCGGACAGAUUUUAAGCCGAACUUGACAAGCUGCGAAAGUUUCCGAGGACCGAGGCGCCUCGAAAAAAAAAAGAAGACGAAGAAAACAAACGUAUCCAAUGUAUCAAAGUGCUUGAAAUAUAAAAAUGAGAGCGCCA